CACCGAGUGAGAUUGUACUGAUGCUGACUCGAUUGACCAACACUUUCGCCCAGAGAUGGAGAAAUCGCGAAGCCUCACGCAGACGCCGCGAAGACUGCUCCAGCGGUCCAGCUGCCGAUUGAGCUGUGGUGGAUGAUCAUAGACUACCUGAGUCAGCACGACUGGUCCGCGCUUCUAGCCUGCACCGCCGUCUGCCAAGCGUGGCAUGUUCGUGCCCAACUGUAUUUGCCUCAAGGUGACGGACACGCCGUAGGUCUUCCCAGUCGGCGAGAAGUGAUCCUUCUUUCGCGUUUCUCUCGCGUUCGCGCAUUGCGUACGAAGGCGGUCCAUGUCUACGGCGAUCCCCACUCCAGAUCGCUUGCGCAUUUCGGGACGUUCGCGGCGAUGCUAUCAGGCAAGCUUCGUCAGCUCGAAGAGCUCCAUAUCGUCGACGGUAUAUGGAAGGUUGCGGCACUGAACAUAAUCAUACUCUGUCGACGUCUCCCCACAUUCACAGCAAUCCACCGCCUGCGCCUCCGCAACGUAACCUUGCCGUCGACGACCGCCUUCGCCCAUUUUAUCUGUGCUCUGCCCGGCUUGCGCACCCUCGAAUGCGUUAAUGUCACGGUGUCGACUACGCCGAAACAACGCUAUGGCGAUUCGGCCGCGUUACGAAUCCUGCGAGAUCCUCCGUUCGAACUGAAGAAGCUCAUUCUUGAUUGUCCGGACGGAGACGCCAUUGUCGACCUCUUUGCGAUGGCGGGUCUUGCACGAAAAAGCCGCUCUGUGUGGUUGAUUCGUCGCCAGCCUGCCACCCUCACUCAGCCAGUUAACCAUCAUAUUCCACGGCUCCGACCUAUCCCAAGGAGGACUAGUGUCAUUCCUCUCUACUGCGCUGCAACACUGCGGGAACCUCAAGAACCUGCUCAUCAAGAUUGCGCCUCAUGUUAUGGAUCCAGCAGACGAAGUCGAAACUUUGUGUGCCAUCCCGUUCUUAAUAGCUGGCACGGUAGACAAGAUGUGGAUUACCGUUGAAACGAAUUCUCCCAGUGAUGAUCCGGGCGACGAAUCGCAGGCGGCGGAAGAAGUUGUAUGGGCGCGGAUUAUACCUCAAGCCUCCAAUGAUCCUCCGAGACUUAUCAUCCAUGUUAGCAUACCAUCGUGGGCGGCGUGCAAGCCCGGCUUCCAAAAGGACAUCUGGGUGGAACGAAUCAAACACUACGCAAUCGAGAGAGACAGCGAUC